AUGCACAACCUCAUCAUCAAGUUUUCCGUCACUGAUGAGUGUCUAAAUUACACUGAUGCUGAAAUUCCCGGCGCCACUCACAAAAGUUGUAUACUUGGAUAUGCUCUGGUCGUCAGCUUUGGAGCUGUUGUUGAUAAGCCCGGUCUUGCCGUGGGGUGUAACAUUAGGGGCAGAGAAGCUGACACAGAACCCAGGGUAGUAAUUCCAAUCACUCCUGUAAACGGCAUCAAGAUCAACGAGGAGACGAUAUAUGGAUGCAUGGACAAUAUAGCUCACGGCUCUCUUAACAGGCUACGGAUACUAGCCAUCUCGGCAGCUCUCUUAAGUGAGACCUUUUUGAGAUUUGAAGAAUCUAAAAACUGCACGUUUCGAGAAACCUACCAUGAAGCUGCAAUGGUUGGCCAUCGUGGCGCGAACGCCGAAAGGCUGGAGUGGGCCGAAGAAGAUGGGCGGCGUGUUUGCCGAAGGGUCUUUCCAACCCCACCAAGUACGACUUAUGAAAGCGAAAUCCGAUUCUCUGCAUUAUACGGACUUGAUGAGCUAUUCAAAAAGGACGGCACGCCUGCCAAAUAUAUUCUAGACAACAUCCCUACAAAGGAUGAGAAGAAGUUGGCCGUGGAGAAGGGAAUCAAGGCUUCAUCCAUGCAACCCUGUAAUUUCCUCAUGGACAAAGCAUUUCGGGAAAAUUCCCAUAGCCUUCGACUCUUCUCUCCGGAUGAGGUUUUUAGUAAAAAUUUAACGCAGUAUUUGAUCACACUGGACGAAAUUUCCAAUGGGACGAGUUCUCGAAUACACAAGUUAUCUAAACCCGUUCCGACUGAGCACUGCUGUUUAAGCUUCAUGCAAAGCUACACAUUGAUUGAGCGAGUAACCCUCUUUCUGUCAUAUGAGAUCGUCUUGGCUAUUAUUCGCAAUAUGAUGUUUCAACAUGUUAAGUUCGGGAAGACGGAGCAAGGAACGUGCUGGCGCUGCCCAUUGGCAGUCUCAAUUAUAUCGAGAUGUUACCCUAGCCCAGUCAAGGAAAAACAGCUCCAGCCACCAAACCCAUCCUUCAAUGGUGCGGUUCUGCACUUGAUCCACAUCUUCUUGGGUAUAUCUUCCACCAAGAGCAAAUUACUUCUUAUCCACACUCACACGUUGUCUUCAAUCAAAGCGUGGUGUCAAUUUCAUGUUCCAAGGAAGCAGAAGCACAUUCUCAGGUGGGGGCUUCAGUCUGGUAACCUGCAAGCCAUCGGGGAGGAGCUUACCUUCAAAGUUUAUAAGGCCGCUGGGUUGCAUCGAGAGGUUGCUACACACCUACUGGCUAGAGUACUUAACGUAACGGAAUUGAUGGUCUUGGGAACCGAAGAAGAUAGAUUAACGACAAUACUGUUCGACAUGGUGCUUCUAAGCCACAUUUUUAAGUAUCAUAUUAUGGAAUUGCGCCGAGAGGUCAAACUCGUGGCCUUGCUCGUGGAUUUGAAACAUCGAAUUCAGAAGACGAGGGACUUAAUUUUGAAGCUACAGGUCAAGGCCGCGUGCUUUACAAAGGAUGAUUCUUUACGAAGGGGAACAUUCAAUCCUGGAUAUAUACUCGGGGUUACUGGAGUGGUUCCGGGAGACGAUAAACGCCAGUGUCAAGAAAUUGAUGAUGAUACCCUCCCAACCUUCAAAUCAAACCUACACUCUCUUUCGAAUUUCAUUCCUUUACCAUUCCUUCGCUUUCUUUCUGGAACAUUCUUACCCAGCCACUAUGAGGUCAAGGUACGUUCGAAGUUGGGGAGUAUCCCAUGUGUUAAGAUUGUCCUUGACAUUAACCAACUCACCGAUGUAAGAUUUUCACUGGUAGCCCUAAGCCUCACAUUGCCUACACUACUCCGCACAUAUCAGUCACGAGGCUCGCCGUCAGUCGGAGAUAUAUCCCUUGACGGUCAAGUUUUCACCGAGCGUGGCGUUUCCUCAGCUGCUUUUGGUUCGGAAGCACGUGGAAGUAAGAAGAUGUUGGCUAUUGAUAGGACGAGUCAAGUCGGAUACACGCUGUAA